GCUAAAAAAGCUGUUCUUCCCCAGCCCUUGUCUCUCUUGUAUGGAGAGCGGAGCUCUGAGGUGGACGGACAGGAAUCACGGACCGGGUCGGAUUCCGCAUCAGAAAGGGGGUCACAAUAAGCUGUAAAUCUCAAGGUGGAACCUGAUCUCAAUGAGACCUGGAGACCUUCUGGUACUGGACUCUCAAAUACUGCAUGUUUGAACUCAUUUAUUUAUUUAGGCAGUAGGUUUUUUUGAAUAACUUUUAAUGCGAGUUUACUCUGCCGGACAAAGGCUAUAACAACAGCGAUCAGUCUGCUGUGUAAUAACGGAUAUUAUUAGUAAACACGGCUGUUUAACUCAUGCAUUUUUAUAUUUAAUGACUUGCUCUGGGUUAUUCUGUUAUUAUAAUCGCAGGUUAUAGGACAUAUAUCUUCAGCAGCAACUUGCUAAUAAGAAGCAAACGGUUUAAGCAGAGCAUUAAGUGCUGAUCCAGCAGCACACUUCUUCUUCUCUUCGUUUGACCAAUCCGGUUAAAUUUAGUUUACUCAGGAAAAUGAUGCGGAUGCCUAAAGGCGUCUCUCCGGCAUCGGGUCGGCCAUCAGUGGGACUGCCUUCCUCUCAGCAGAAGAUAAAAGUUUUGUCCACCGGAGGAGUGAAGACCGAGUUCUUCAGCACCGGACUGUCCAGCCCGCUCAUGAACACGGUACCGGCCGGUUAUUUCACCCAGAUCUGCAACACGACCGCGGCCGAACAAAGAGCCAACAGCCUGUAUUCAACCCCCCACGGACCAGAGGCUAAACCCAUCAGAUCAUCCUCCGGGCGCCUGCCGGCUAAAAGGAAACUGGAUCUUGAGGACCCUCUUUACCUGCCAGAGUUCCGCACACCAAAAGGCAAAUGCAGCAUCGCUGCCAGGAUACCGAGUCCAAGAACUCCGAAGUCUCCAGGUGAGCGGACACGCUACGACACCUCCCUGGGCCUGCUGACCAAGAAAUUUGUGGGUCUGAUCGCCGAGUCUCCUGACGGAGUUCUUGACCUGAAUUGGGCCACCGAGGUCCUGGAGGUGCAGAAGAGACGCAUCUAUGACAUCACCAACGUCUUGGAGGGAGUCCAACUCAUCCGAAAGAAGUCCAAGAACAACAUCCAGUGGCUGGUUGGAGAUGUAUUUGAGGGUGGCGCAAGUGGAGGAGAGAAGUCUUGUGCCCUGAGGAAAGAGCUUGGAGACCUGGAGAGAGUAGAGAAAUCUCUGGAUGAACUGAUCCACUCCAGCACCGCACAGCUCAAACAACUCACUGAACACGAAGAUAAUCAGAGGUUGGGGUAUGUGACGUAUCAGGACAUCCGGUCCAUCGGCAGUCUCAAAGACCAGACAGUCAUUGCCGUCAAGGCACCAGCUGACACCAAACUGGAGGUGCCAGACACGGCAGGGCAGGGAUCAUUACAGAUCUAUUUAAAGAGUAAAAAUGGCCCCAUUGAAGUCUACCUGUGUCCAGAGGAAGGUCUUGAAGAUGCUAGUCCGGUUAAAAGUGCUGUCACACCUAAAAAAGAGUUCCCUCAACCCCUUGGGCCUCCAGCUACAACACAGAUGGCACUGCCAAGCUACAGCAUCAAAGAGGAGCCUAUUGAAUCCAACAUGUCCACAGCGGCUCCAGCCACCUCCUCAGCCACAGCAACCAGCUCCUCUCUGCUGGACGUCGAGGGUCUGCUGGGUUUGCCUCCGAGCUUGCUCCAGAUCACAGAGGACCAGCUUCCUUGCGCCUCUUUCACCCCAGACCCCAACACCCCCUUUGUCAGUUUCUCUCCACCUUUGGACCACGACGACUACCUCUGGAGCCUUGAGGAUGACGAGGGAGUCUCAGAUUUCUUCAACACAUAUGAUCUUGGGGAUCUGCUGAAGAGCUGAGGUGUAGAUGAAGGAAAUGGGGAGGAAAUUAAUGUUGAAGUGUGUGUGUGGAGGGGCGGGGGGGUAUUUAAUUGAAUGCCUUGGGGUAGAAAAUAUUACACUAUGAAGCCAUCACUCUUUGUUUUUGCCAUGCCAGUUCUGUUUUAACGUCAGUGAUUCCAAAGGAGGAGUUUAUUUUAAAUAAGUAGGAAUUUGUACAUAUGAUUGUAAAAAUAGGAGGUUGGGUGAUGUUUGUAAUCUCCAAACGUUAGGAAACACUGUUUUACAAGCAAGGAUUGUUUUGGAUUUUCUGUCACAUUUUCAGAUCGCUGCAAAGAAAAAAAAAAUAGAUGUAACAAAAGACACAUAACACAUCACCAGCAAUUGAAUCUGAUGCUUGGCUUUCAGGCAGUGUUUACAUUGUGACAACUCAGGAAUUUUUAUUUUCUUUCCUUGUUUCCAAAGUCUAAAUGUUUGUGCCACUCUUUGGCCCACAGGGGGCAGCCUUGUAUUAUGUCAGCUUUAACUGCCAUGCAGCUUUACAGGAUUCAAUCACUGGAUGAGAGUAAGCUAAAGCCAUCGAGAACAAUACACAGGGUAUGUUUUUAAGUCCUAGUAUCUUCAACACUGAUCACAUUAAACUGUGAAUAACCAGUCCUUGUAAAUCCGCAGGCAUCUACAGCUAGAGCAUACUGUAUUGCUUUAAAAUCGGAUUUUAAAGGAGCUUGUGUUGCUUCUCUCCUGUCUUAAGCUUUAUGUCAGGCGCUGUACAUGUUUGGUGCUGUGUCGUGUGCCAAAAAUGUGAAAGGCAGUCUCUGACGGCCAGUACUGGACCCAGACCCAGAGUUAAUGACUGAUCGAGUGCACUCAUUUCAAUCUCAACCCAACAUGAGGGCCACACUCUUCAGUUUGGCAGCUUUGUUUCAACUCCAGGUGCUCCUUUAUUGAUGUGAGUUUGCUGAUUUUAAUGGAGGAUAUUUUUUUAAUUUAGUAGUGUAAGACUACUAUUGUAUUUCUGAGGAAAUAGCCCAAAAUAAAUUAAAUGCAGCAUCUAUGUUGCAGGGGGUUAAUUGAGGUAAUUAAGGUUUAAUUAGAAUAGUUUUCUUCUCAUCUUGCACCAAAAUAAAUGAAGUCUGUUGACUUAGCACUAACAGACACGAUAAGAAAUUUGUAUCUUUACUGUUUGAAUUCCAAGCCUAUAAGUGCUUUCACCACACGUGGUGGCGCAUCCAGGAUCAGCAGCCUCGAUUCUGAUCUGUUAAACGUUUUAGGGUUUAAGCGUUCUCUAGACACAUUUGGACAUUUGAAUUUCAUGCUCACGUAUUUUUGGCUUUCCCUCUACACCGCAGAGAUAAGCUAACUGUCCUGUCCUAACAAAACUUGAAAAAUGUGUGUUUGCGUGUGUAUUUGACAGCUUGGGAAACGGGUGUCAUGGUGUGUUUGUUUGUGAGAUUUUACAGUGUAGAUUAGCGAAUGUGAAUUUCAGAUUUCAGAAUUUGUAGUUGUUUUGUUUUUUUCAAUGAGCAUUAUUUUUCUGGUAUUUGUACAUAAUUUGUUUUGUAUUUAUACCCAUUCUUCUGAAUUUUUCGAAAGUUGGUGUUUUUUCUUACAGAAGACGCAGUUGUUUGUGUAUAACAUGCAGCACUUAAUAUUUUGUAAUAUUGUGUGGACUGUUUGAAAUUAUCAAAUAAAUACUGAAGCCAUGCUUUACACUUGGAAA